UUCAGAGGCUUUCACUGAUACGUCUUUAUUGUUUCAGCAUCAACCACCGUCCACCCAUGACCUCGUACUUUCCUCAAGUCACAGUAAUAAGUACCGCAGGAAACCAAGAUACAAUGUAUUUCCGGCGAACCAUUUCGAAAUAAAGCCUGUAGUCACCCGCCCCCACUGUUUCCCCGAGAACAAGUUUGGACAGUAAUAACUUGAACAACCAAGAACGAGAGCAAACAUAAAAUGUUAAUUAAAGACUUGAUAGUGCAGAGCUGGUAAACAUUAGUUGGCAUAAGUCACCGCCAAUUUGGUUGUCUGACUUCCACACGUGCGGGCAUUUAUUUUGCUAACUUUCAUUGAAACGACUUCUAGCCGCAAAAGCACUGCUACCAGACUGUUGGUGGUUGACUUUGUAUUUAAAUAAACUUAUUUACUUCCCUCUGUUAUUUUUGUCAUAAAGAAUUUUGACGUCACAAACUCUCUACAUAAACGUGAUAGUAAUGCGAAUUAUUUCAUGGACAGACGAGCAUAAUGAUGCAUUUGAAGUCCUCGUCCGACUCAUCAACACAACCGCAAUUGAGGAAGCAAGGCAAACAAAUUUUGUUGCAACAUUUGAAUGAAUCCUUCUGAGGGAAAUAUCUACGAGAACCUAGAGGUCACCUACCAGAACCAGCUGUCAGGUAUAUAUGAAAUGCCUUACGACAAGCUCCCCGGCCAAACACCAGUGUAUCAGAACACUGGAUGGGUCUUUGGAAGAAUACCUGCUCCCCCUUCUUUCCCAGCACCCCCUCCUCCCGGAGCGGAAUGCCACAGAAAAUAUUCAUCUUCAUCCUCAUCUUCAAAUGCACAUGAUGAAGAAAACGGGGAGAAGCCUUACUAUCGUAAGGCAAAGACUGAAAUAGCAGAGAAGAAGAAACAGUUGAGUAGGGGGAAGGUGUCUACAAAUACGGAAGUGGAUUAUUGUGUGUCACGCAGAUCCACGUCUUCAACAUCAUCUUCAUCGGCAUCCGAGCAAGCAAAGGGCGACUGGAAGGCAAGGCCUGAGAAAGGCACAUCUAUGGUCACGCUUUUUAUUAAGGCUGGCAGUGAUGGGGAGAGCAUUGGAAAUUGUCCAUUCUCACAGCGUCUCUUCAUGGUCCUUUGGCUGAAAGGCGUCGUCUUCAAUGUCACCACCGUUGACCUCAAGAGGAAACCAACCGACCUUCACAACCUGGCCCCAGGGACAAACCCACCUUUUCUCACGUUCCAAGGAGAGGUGCUUACUGAUGUCAAUAAAAUUGAGGAGUACCUGGAGGAAAUGUUGGCUCCACCCAAGUAUCCCAAACUUACAGUGAAGAACCGUCAGUCCAACACAGCAGGAAACGACGUCUUUGCCAAGUUCUCUGCUUACAUUAAAAACACAAGUCCAGAUAAAAGUCGGGCAUUGGCGCAAAGUCUCAACAAGGCUCUGGCCAAGCUGGAUGAGUAUCUCCUGAACCCUCUACCAAAUGAAGUCCAUCUUGUCGAUGGAGAAUCAGCCCGCAAAUACCUGGAUGGUGAUGAGCUGACGCUGGCCGACUGCAACCUUCUUCCCAAACUUCACGUUGUCAAGGUGGUGGCCAAGAAGUACCGCAAUUAUGACAUCCCUUCCCAGUUUCGAGGCGUGUGGCGUUACCUUGGCAACGCCUACAGCCGAGAUGAGUUCACCAACACAUGCGCGGCUGACGUGGAAAUCGAGCUCGCCUAUAAGGAUGUGGUGAAAACUCUUGGGAAAUGAGCGUCAACGAAUCUGCGGACAUCCUUUAAAGAGUACAUUGGCACAAUUUAAUUUGCUUUUUAAAUGCUCCUGAAAAGAUGAGGUACUUGAGGUACUGCAGUGCAAUUACUUUGGGGUCUUAGAAUGUUUUUCACUUGGAAAACACAAUCUGUGCUUUUAUACUCUUUUUACAAACAGUAUCUGGCUUUAUUUGAACCAGGCAAUUGGUUAAACAAUAACACACCCAAUUAAACAGUUGAUUCAGCAUAUUUUCUUAUGCUUUUAUAGUUUUAUUUUGUUCCUGGGAGAGCUAACUAUUAAGUUCACCCUUUUCCAUUGUACAUUGUAUGUAUUGAUACAUGAAUGUGAAUUUUUCACAUCUUAACUUCUGUGUGAUGACGUUCAAUGAUUGUAGCUAAAUGCUAUGUUUUUUCCUGACGAAGGCACUCUAUGCCACCCGUUCGAACAAUGCAUCUGUUUUGUCAAAAGGAUUAUACUGUGUGUUUGGAGUUUGUUUUGUUUUUCUAUAGGGAAACUGUGUCACCUAGUUGUGGUGUGUAUGGUGUGACCUCACAUGUAAACAGACAUGGCCUGCAUCUAAUAGAAGACUUUUACUCAGAUUUUGUGCUGGAAAUUAGUGAUAACUUGUGCUAUAAUAAAAAAUAAAAUGA